GUUUAGCCUGAAGGUGCAAGGCUUAGAACUGCUAUCCACGCCGAUGGACGGUUGGCUGCAUUGAUGCUCUAGUCCUCCGGCCAUGGAGGUAGCUGCAACCCCCGGCUCUCCUGCGUUCGUCGACGCGCAGGAAGAGCAGGAUACCUGGGGUGCGCAUGAGGCACUAGGCGUGGAAGAUGGGACAGGGGCGCAGGAAAACGGCACAAAGGAAGCGUCCUCAAAGCAGAAGCAUUCUGAAGUCUUCAUUGCAGGGCUGGACAGAGAAGCGAGAGCAGAGGAUGUGUGUAGAAGGUUUGCGGAGGUCGGCGAGAUUGCUUGGGUCAGGCUGCGGGUGGACUCAGAAGGUUUGAACAAGGGCUACGCUUUUGUGCGCUACAAGUCGGCCCUCUUCGCGAAGCGAGCCGCUGAGGAAUUAGCUACGGGGGUCGAGAUCUGCGGCAAGAAUGUUUGGGUCGUGCUGGCUGAGGACAGCGACACGCUGUUCCUGGGGAAUAUCAACCGGGACUGGUCAAAGGAACAGGUGCUUGAGAAGUUAUCCGAGUACAAGGUGGAAGGCCUGGCAAAUCUGCUUCUCAUGGACGACAAGGAAGCCGGCAAAGCCAACCGGGGCUUCGGGUUCCUGGAGAUGACGUCACAGUCUGCCGCGCUCAAGGCCCUGAGACUGUUGUCCAAACCGGAUGCUAAGUUUGGGGCGCAUCUGCCGGCAAAGGUCACAUGGGCCGCACCGCUGAUCCAACCCGCAGAGGAACAGCUUGCGAGAGUCAAGUCCGUGUUCAUCGACGGCCUUCCUGAGAGCUGGACGCAGGAGACCGUCCGAGACCACUUUGCUUCGUAUGGCGAGAUCCUGAGCGUCGUACUGUCCAAGAACAUGCCUAACGCCAAGCGGAAGGGGUACGGCUUCAUCAACUUUGCGGCUCGGGAGGCUGCCGAGAAGGUCAUAGCGGAGCUGAACGGGAAGCAGAUUGGGACCGGGGACACUGCUUUUACGGUCCUCAUCAAGCUCGCAAACCCGCCAGUGCAAGAUCGGGGGACAGGGGGCCGCGGCGGCCGAGGGGGGGGCCGGUUCGGCAGGGGCGGGAGGGGGGGGCCGCCGGCGGUUUCAUUGGACUCGGAACUGGUGCGGAUCCUACGGGACCAAGUUAAAGAGGUUGAGAGAUUCUUCCCGGAGGAGAUCAAAGUCUUCAAGGUUGAGGAAGUGAAGAAAGUGAGCGCCGAGAACGGGAGCGCGUUGGAUGGGGGGAAGAGGAAGGCUGUUUCGGAAAGGGGGGGUGCGGAGAAGCGGGCGAAGGUGGGGGGGGAAGCGGGGAUCCUAAAGUCGAUACCGGCAGAGGUGGCGCCAAUGGGGGAGUGGCUUUUGAAGGCUGGGGCGAUUGAGGAGCGGGACGAGAUGGCCAGAAACGAGACUGUUAAUCGGGUUGCUGGCAAGUCAGAAGGUGCAGGGAACCAGGGGAGAGUCGCUGAAGCUGCAGUGAGGGGGGAAGUCAGCCCGGGGAACGCGAAAAAGGUCGAGGGGAGAGCGGACGCAUCGAAAACGGUUUCAGCCAGUGGCUCUGCAACGGUCAAAGGAGAAGCCGUCGACGCGAAUGGCGAGGAGGCGAAAGUACAGUCAAGUGUACUGACUGGUGAAAAGCUGGAAGCAGGGAAAGUGGCGCAAGGGGUUUCGGGUGCGCAACAGACCAAAGCGCCGGAAAAGCCAUCCAUAUCGCCAACCCCCGGGAAAGCCACUCCGGUUAAGGACCAAUUCAGACCGGUGAACGGACAAACGCCCCCACUGGACAGCGUAAUUGCCUCAGCCAAGACGACCACCCCCCCGGUUAGUAGCCGAAAUUACUCCAGUUCAAAACAGACCUCAUCGCCCGUGCCGACAGUCGGCGAAACAGGGCCCGCCCAAGAAGACCCUGCCGAGGCAGCACGUGAGGGCCCCGUAAACGAGAAGGCGGCACCGGACACCACUUGGGACUGCCUGCUGUGCGGGGUUGCGAAUGCGAGCGAGGCCGAGUUGCUGACGCAUAAGGCGACGAGGGUGCACCACAUUGUGGAGCGGCUGAAGAACGGGCCCAAGCCCCUGGUCAAGACGCCGCUGAGUCUGCUGCAUGAGUAUGCUGUAAAACGGAGAGCGGAGCUCAUCUUUGAGACGAAGGCGGACGACCUCCAGGGCCCCUUCGAGGUGACGGUGACCCUGCGCGGCGGGCCCGAGACGCGCGUACAGCAGAUGGAGGGCGUCGGGAUCGGGCGGGACAAGAAGCGGGCCAAGCAGGCGGCGGCGGUGACGGCUUUGCUGAAAAUCCUGGAGAGGUCACCAGAAGUCGAGGCGGAGCUGCUCCGACCGAAGGUGGAGAAGGCCCCCUUCAAUCCGAAAAGCCCCAGCAGCUCCGCAGCGGGGGGGCAAUCCAACCCGGCGCAAGCACGCAGGCCAGACCCCCCCUUUGCGGUCGCGAUCCAAGGAGCGAUUGCAGGGAAAGCCGCCAGCAACGGGCGUGCAUUCGGAGCCUUUUCACAUGGGGGGAGGGGCGGCUCAGUAUCGCAGCGGGGGGGGCGAAUCAGCCCAGGAAGGGGAGGGGGGUCAGGGUUUGGCGGCCGAGGGGGGGUCGAAGCUGAUAGUGUCAAUAGCAUUCCGCUUGGGGGAGGCAAGAGAGGCGUUGGCGCGUUGGGCGGUUUGAAGAGGGAGAGGGGUUUCGAAGGUGCGGUUAGCGUAACCCGCCAAGUCCCCCGGCCAAGAACGGAAGGCUUUGCACCGCUGCCUGAUCGGGGACCCGCGUUCGCGUCGCCCUUCCGCCAAGGAUCCCCUAGCCGGAAUAUUGGAAGAGCAACUUCGCCUGGCGAUUCCGGGAGCUUUAGGGGUCCUCGAGACAACUCGGACGCCGUGCGCGCGGCUGCGCUAGUUGCGGCUUACGGUUUCGAUGACCCUUCUCCAGUCAACACCCUUCGGAACGCGUCUCUGUCCCGCUCGGUUUUUGAGGGUGCUUCGGCGAGCGGGUUUGGGGGUUCGUUACCGAAAUCCACGUCGUUAGUGAGCCACGUCGAGAGCCACAUGGCUGGACGGAAACUACAAGGCUCGGCGAAACACCUGAAUCUAAUCGGAGGGCAGAAGAAAAUGCCCACACAAACCGGUAACCCAUACGGGCGUGUUGAAAGCCGGACAGGGGGAAUGCCAGAGGUGGAGAACCCUUAUUCGAAAGUGCAAACCAAGUGGUUGACCGACGCUAACCCGGUUACUGACAGGCAGAGCGCGUAUAUGGGUGCGUCAGCAGGGGCGUCAGCAGGAAUGAUGAGCUGGCAGCAGGGGGGCGAACAAAGUGUCCGGAAGGAGGAGAAAGGAUCCCGAGCUGGGACCAGUUUACCCGGGCUCUACGGCUCCCCAUACGCUGCAGUUCCCGUCCCCGCUUAUGACCCGUCCCACCCCAGCUUAUACACCUCCGCAAACCCGAGCGCUUCCCAGAAUCCUAGUAACGCCACAGGCAUGCAUUUCGACGGGAACCAACAGUAUGGCGGAAAUGCGAGCGCCUCCAAAACCCCGCAGUACGGCACUAACUUACAGAGCCAGUCUCAACAGUUCGGCGCAGCUACUCAGAAGCCCCUUCCGUUCCGUUCAACUCAGACACCCCCCCUCAAGCAGCAGCACGCACCUUGGAACUCCCUUCAAGAGCAGACGGCCGCCACGAAAGUGCAAACCAACCCCGCGCAACAGUAUCACGCCCCAAAUUCCCAAAUGUCCUCCCUUGACAAAAGUUUCACCGCCAAGGUCGAGCCCACUUCAUCAAAUCAGGGUUACGCCCCCGCAUCAAACCCCUUUUCUCCGGAGCAAACGCACCAGGUCAAAGCGGAACCCAACCCCUGGGAGCAGUACGGCGCCGCGGCAGCAUCUCAAAACCACCCCCCCACUCAGCAGCACACUGGCCAGUCUACGAUGCCCCCCCUGGAAAAUUACUAUAGUUCUGCAGCCCAGUUUUCUUCCUCGGAUCAUACCCAAGCUCAGACAACCGGCUCACAGAACUACUACGGUUCAGCCCCCCAAACCAACCCCCAAACCCAGAACCCUACGAAUACGGCUCUGACCCCCCCCUUGAACCAGUACUACUCGUCAGACUCCCAAAACCACCCCCUGCAACAAAGGCACAUAGCCCCAACGCAACCUCUAUCUCAGAGUCAGUACUACGCUUCCCAACCCCCGGCGCAGCAUUACACGCCCCCGAACCAGACCCGCCCGGCCACUUAUACCGCUGCGGGGGCGGCUUAUGCUUCUGAGACGCUCGCGGCACAAGGGUAUGAGGGUUUCGCGCAGCAGAUACGGAGCCUGGCGCAGCAAGGGCUGACUGAGAUCGCAAACUACGCCGGACAAGCCGGAGCCACCAAUUCCGUGUUUGAUGCUGCUCCUACAGAGCAGUAUCAGGGGCGGUAUUGACCGAGUCCAAUGAGCAAAGCAGCAAUGAUGAUCAACAAAGUUAUUACAGGGUACAACGUUGAUGCAUGGGUAUAAGAUAGGGACCGGUUCGCGUUUUCAGGGUUAGUUUAGGAAGGUGCAAAGAUUUGUUUCUGUGAGCAGGGCUGAGUGCAUUGCUUACGCAAAGAAAACGCGUUGAUUGUGGCUAAUAUUCUGCAUGAUUGAAGGAGGGGCAUGUUGAUAUCACCUUAACCCGGGGAUUGGUGUUGCGGCAGAAUUAUCGGGAGCGGUAUACCUAUGUACCGAGUUAGAAGGUCUGUCUACUCGCCCUUUCUCAUAAGCACAUCCUUCCUUCCAUUAUCACAUGCUUUAUCCCACGUUUCCUGAGGAUAUUCAGCAGGCCACACGCCAUGCUUCUAGGGUCGGGAAUGGCAGCCCUCAGCUCAUUAGGGUUUGUAGCAAGAGUAAGGGGACCGAUGGUGUACCUAAAUUGGAGAGCUACAUAUAUGGCUUA